ACCAAUAGUCAUCGGUUAUGAACCAUAUGAACACCAUAUGAACGCAACAUAACCAAAUUUUCUUGUAUCCAGAAUUUUACAUUGCAAGAAUCGUAUAUGUCUAUAAAGUGAUAUUAAAUAUAAAUAAUAUGUUGGCAAAUAAGGUUUUAAAUUUUUGUUGCAAGCAAAAGAAAUUGUUUAAAAGUUUUAAUGUGUAUGCAUCUACAUCAACCACUGCUUCCCAAGAACCCUCAAGAAUAGAAAAAUCAUUAAAUCAUGUACAACUACUUGGAAGAGUUGGUGCAGAUCCACAACGAAAAGGUAGCGAUGACCACCCUGUUGUAGUAUUUUCUAUGGCAACAAAUUCAAAUUAUCGUUACGAAACUGGCGAAUUUCUUCAAAGAACAGAGUGGCAUAGGGUCGUUUGCUUUAAGCCAGGUUUGAGAGAAACUAUUCUGAAUUACUUAAAGAAAGGGCAAAGAGUUUUUGUAACAGGAAGAGUAACUUAUGGUGAAGUGAAAGGUGAUGAUGGCAAACCAAGAACCACUGCAGCUAUUGCAGCUGAUGAUGUUAUUUUCUUUCAGUCUUAAAUAUUGGAUCUACCGAUGGGACUCCCUUUAUUCCAUGAAAAUAAGUUUAUAGAAGUCUUUAGAAAGGGUAGUACAAUAUGAGAGGUUGGGGAGGCUGGAAGAGGGGGAUAAGAAAGGAAUAAUGGAGGAAGGUGAUGGAAAUAAGGGGCAAAAAGUAGAUAUGAUAGCGAGGGAGGGAGCGUUGAAGAAUUUAAAAAUAAAGUAAGAACAGGUGAAAGGGUGGUAUAGGGAACUGGCAAAGGUGGGAGGAUUGGUGAGGGAUAUAGAGGCAGAGAAAUAACAGGAGGGGAGGAUUUAAAAAACAGAGAGGUCUUGCUAUGUGGUGAGUGUAAAAGAUACAAUACGGAGGAACUGGCAGGGGGAUUGGAUGCCAAGAUAUUUAGAAAGAGGGUGGGAAAUAAGAGUAACGAAAAAAUUCAGGACAUGGAAUGAGAGUGAAGGAUGUAAAUAUUGGAAGAUAAAAAGAAAAGAUAGGUGAAAGGGAGGAAGAAAGCUUAAAGCAUGUUUAGAAGGAUGUGAAAAUGGUGAGACAUGGGAGGAAUGCUAAAUGAUUGGAAGGGAAGAUGGGGUGGACUCAGUUGCCGGAAGAGGACUUUAAGGAAUAGGAAGGCAGAGUAGAAUAUCUGCAAGGAAUUAGGUGGGAAAAAAUGGUAGAGUAAAAACAGGGUUAAGUGAAUAAUAUAUAUAUAUUUUGGUUAAAGAAAAGCUCUAGUUUUAAGUGCAUUAUUAGUGGUUUAUAUUUUUUGGACGACAUGAAGGAUAUGGGUAUGUAGCAUUUGUUGGGAUACAGCCGAAAUAUCACUUAACUGCAACCUUUUAUUUUAUUAAUAAAGGUUUAAAAUUUUAUAAAAAAAAUCUACACCAAAUUUCUAAAAACAAGAAGAUUGUGUGCAAACGGAUAUAUAAGUCCUCUUUCAGCAUUAAUCCUUUCAGCGGCUCGAUCAAUCAAGUCAAUCUCCGUUGCAAAUCAGAAAAUAAUUUUUCCAUCUAUUCAUUCAUAUUUACAAAUUCAUUCGAAUUGAGCGGCAACCCCAAGAUGAUUACAAUAUAAAUUGAGGUUUAUUUGUUAAUACUGGAUCUGUCUUUCGGUAUUUUUACUUUUUCGUUUUGUAUUAUAUAACUAUGUGUGUCAUCUUGGUUUUUCACGUUGAAUUUUCAGAUUUAGUGCUUUAUUAUAGUUCAGUUUCACAAACCGCCAUUUGAUUGAUGGUGCAUCUUGUAAUGUGGUUUCCCCAUCUACAUAUUUUUUCAACUGUAGUAUACUACACACUAGUGACAGGUCUUAGCCGAGCAGGUGAUCUAUCUACCAUUGUGUGUAAUCACCACAGGGCGGCAUCACCUCUUAAAAGGUACGACGUAAUGUAGGAAAAUUUGAACACAUGUACAUUCAUCCACUUUUUCAUAUAAAGAAUAAAAUAAUUCAAGUCCAAUAAAUGCAAUGUAAAACAUUCACCAAAUUAUGCAUUUUUGUUCGUACGACAUAAAGAAAAAAAUGCCGACAAAGAAAUGUGUAAUUUGUAUGUUCCCUAAACGUUUUUCCUUGUCAGUAUAUUGUUUUAAUUACUGUGUUUCCAAUAACAUAAGCUGUUAAUAUUUGUUUCUAAUGAAAGAUACUACACUCAAACUUCCAAGUGACCAUCUGUUAUAGACAGGAAUGAGUUUUGUUUACACGAAAGUCUGUAAUAAUUUAUUUAUUUUUCGUGCGUCAUAACACGGGCAAACAGACAAAUUUUUCUACUUAACAUACGUACACGUGUAUUUGUGUUAAUAAAUUAAACUAAACAUUUUUUUUUUAAAACAAGUCUAGCAAACUACUACGACGUUACCUGAUCCUGGGGACACGUUAUUGCUUUAGUUGACAAAUUUAUUGAUAGUAAACAUGUACUGAUACAUACAUACAUGCCGGUAUGUCGUUAUGUAACGGAAGUAGGUUUACCCGUAGUUUAUGAUUAAUUUUAUCGUCGUUAAACAUUGCUACCAAUCAAAUUAAACAUCCUACAAUAUCAAGACCAAAUACAAUAAUAUUUGGAGAAACUUUCAUAAAUAAAGAUAGCACCUACUUGGACAAAAAAUAUUAAAUGUUUUUAUUUGCCUAGAAACUUGCAGAAUAUCGUGGCGUAGUACGCAAAAACGAACAACUGACCACAAUUGUAAUCAGAAAGUUUCAAGUCUUUCAAUUUACUUUCAAACAUUUCAAAAUUAUUUUUUGAGAAUUUCAUCGGACAACCUGUGCCUCGCGGUUCACCGAGUGACCUUAGUAAUUAAACGUGACCGGCUAAACAUCCGAAAAUAAAGUACCUAUAAUAUAAUAAAUCAAUAUAUCUCCCUUUACGGAAAAACCUCUCUCUCUCUCUAGCGGACACAUUUGCCUGGUCCCAGCCGCUUUCCAUAAGGAAAGCAUUGCUAUGACUCUCUUGUACGAAUACUGACAGUAAUUUUCAAAAAUUUUUCAAGAAAAGUUUCUUUUGAACGAAUAACUCAAAAAUAAAUCAAAUUAUGUCCUAGUUGAGAGCUACAGAUAACAAGAUAACAUAUCAGUCCUAUUCAAAACACUAGUUUAGGUGUGUAAGUAUUUGCACCUUUGCACAAUAAAAGAAAUUUUAAUUUUAUUCGAUGCGUUGGAGUAUUUUUCUUGGAACCUCUGUUGCGUGUAGAACUGUAGAAAAGGUGUAACAUUUACAUUUUUGUUCUAAUUUAAGAAUACCAAUAUUGUUUAAUUGCACGUCGAUGAUAUUAGAAUUUUGUUCGCAACUGAUUGAUGCCAUCGUUGGUUCCGUCAUUAUGAAGAGCCAGGAGUUCGAUGAUAAAGGUUGCCAUAGUUCCAGGUGAGCUUUGACAACUUUUGUGGGGCAAUCUUCAGGAACUGUGGACGAAGGGGUAACUCGUAGCAGAGUUUCGCAUACGGGUCUUUGUGACGUAAGAUGAACAACCAUUUGAGAACACAAGUACUCCUCCUCGGCAAGUUUCUUACAAGAUGUUAAGUUCUUAAAUCGACAGUAAUCAGUCUUAGAAGUACUUAGAAGAAGGUAAGGAAAAGAAGGGUCGAUAUAGGAAUAAAUAGACGAAUUGUCUUUUCGAACGGGAAGUGGUAUAAGAUUAUAUAAAGUAUAUAUUUUCUCGUUAACAAUCGGAAUUUUGAUAGCAUAUAUCAAGAUUUGACCGUCAUAUGAUACAGUAAUAUCACAAAUAGAGAAAUAUUUAUAAAAAUUUUCAAUAUCAACGGGUGAUAUCGGGAAUUCUAUAUUUGUAUUAAAUUUGAUUUUAGAUAAUUCUUCUCUUAAACUAAGUGGAGUAAUGACCGAUGGGUGAAUUAUGUUUUGUUUAGCGAAAAGUAUGCUAGAAAUUUCUGCUUCACAUUCUUCUUUUAAAUCAUUAAUGACUUGCGACAUUAUUUGAAUGUUUUCGUCAAUAAUCUCAUUAGAUUCCAAUUGAUUAAUUUUAUUUGCUAUUGACUUACUAAAAAGAUUAAAUUUAUUAAUGUUUUCAUUUAAUUUGUUUUCGUUACUUCUGAAACUUUGAGCUGAAAUAUUGUAAUUUUUUAUUGCGUCAGAUAUAACAUUAAUCUGUUGUUUCAUUAAGAUUUUAAUGUCGAGAUUUUGUUCAGUUAGAGCAUGUAUUGAAUCGCUGUAAAAUUGCGCAUCCGCAGAAUUAGGGGUACCAAAAAGCCAUUUAAACGCGUACGAUACACCAUUGAAGAGUCCACGGCGAUUUCGAAAUGGUUUAUGACUGACAAGCUGGGUAAUAGUAAGGAAUUUAUUUUCUAAUUGAAUGAUUUGCACUUCGAUUACUUUCAUAGAAUCCUUACACGAAUUAAAUUUUGACGUUUUUGAACAAAGAAUUAAGGUUUUGUCGUACAUGUUUUUAAUAAAUAGCAACUUUGCAUGAAAUAAUGAAAUGUUGGAGAACGAAAGCAACGUGAAAUAAUCGUUUGAUAUUUUUGCGAAUCCCAGAUUUUGAUAGAAUAUUCCUGAAUAAGUAGGGAUAGGUUCAAUAGAAUAAGGGAAGGAAGUAAGAGAGAAAUGAAAUUUGAAAAUUGUUAAGAGUGUUAAAGUUAUAAAUGGUUUAAUUUUCAUUGUUUAUACCUGAAACAAAAGGCUUCAGUAAGUUUGCAUGAUAGGUAACUUUCGUAUUAUUUUUAAUUAAUAUCUCAUAUGUAUUGUUAGGAUUUACUUUUACUAUUUUAAAAGGACCUUUAUAAUUUGGAGACAGCUUUUUACUUAGUCCUGGUUUAACAUUUUUGUUUAGUAUGUAAACUAAAUCAUUGACAUUAAAGGUUAGAUUGUUGACCUUUCGAUCAUAAUAAGUUUUUGAUUUUUCUUUUGAUUUAAUAAGCGAUUCUCUCGCUAUUUCAUAGGAUUUAUUGAAUUUUAAUUUUAAGUUCGAGUAAUAAUCGUCGUAGGAGUAUCGGAAUUCAGGUGUGCUAGUGAGUGAGUUGGGAAUAAAAGCUUUGUGACCAAAAAUUAAUUCAUAAGGGGUAUAGUUUGUGGAUUUAUGUGUGUGGGUAUUAUAAGUAAACAUAGCUAGGGGUACAUAUUCAUCCCAAUUAUUUUGGUAUUGAUUUAUAUAGUGCUUCAAGUAUUCUUUUAAGGUGUGGUGGCUGCGUUCCAAAGCACCAUUCGUUUGGGGAUGAUAUGGGCUGCAGAAAAUAUGUUUAAUUUUGAAAAGUUUAUUCAGUUGUUUUAAAAUUUCGGAACAGAAAUCUUGACCUUGAUCAGAUAAUAUACUCUCAGGAAUGCCAAAUAUUGUUAAAAAUUCAAGCAAAUUAUUAGCGAUUGUGAGAGCCUCGUGGUUUGGGAUCGGCUUUGCAAAAGAAUAUUUAGUUAGAUCGUCCUGCAUGGUUAGGAUGAAUUUAUUACCAUUUUCUGUCAUGGUUAGAGGUCCUACAACAUCGAUUGCUAGACGUUGGAAAGGGCGUUCGCUUGUUGUAGUUAUUUGCAUGGGUGCCUUAUUAGGUUUGUGAUUAGUUUUAUUUAUUUGGCAAGACUGACACGAUUUGAUAUAGUUUUUAAUGUCCUUCUUCAUGUUCGGCCAUUUAUAAUUAUCUUUUAUUCUCUUAUAAGUUCUUAUAAACCCUGAGUGACCUGAUAAUGAAGACGAAUGGUUAUGUUCGAGAAUAGAUCUAAUUUCGUCUUUAUUUUGAGGUAGUAACUUAGGUUUAUUUACUAAAACAACUGUAAUUUUUGAUUUUGAAAAUAUAAAAUCAAUCAUUUCGUUGAGCAUGUCUUGUUUUAAAUUAGGAUUAGUUUCUAUUGGAUUUUUAAGGUGAAUAGUUUCUAUUUGAUUUUUUACAAGUGAUUUUUUUAAAUUGAUAAGUGAAUAAAAUAAAUCUUUAUAAGUUAAAUUGUCAAAAUAAUUUAAUUUGGAAAUCAAAAUAAAGGUUUUUUCUUUUUUCGCAUUUUCUAAAAGGUGGGUUGAAUAAAGAUUUAAGUCGUCUGAAGGAAUAGAACUAAUAUCAUGAAUUGCAAUAAGGUUUUCGAAAUUUGGAUUGCUCAUGUCUAAGUCUUUUGACAUUAUCAAUGCAUUUGGAAAUUUUUGAAAUAAGUUUUCUUUGAUUAUUUCGAUUCGUGGCAUUUCCUGAUUUGUGUAAUGGAAUUUAAUAAAUUCGUCAUAUGUGACAUUUGUAUUAGCUUCAAGACUGAGAACAGUAUUUCUGGAGAGAGCGUCGACAUUAGAAUUUAUUCUACCAGGUUUGUAUCGAAUUUCGUAGUCGUAUUCCUCUAAUUUUAAUCUCCAACGAAUGAGACGACUCGAAGGAUCUUUACAAUUAAAGAGCCAUGUGAGUGGACGAUGAUCUGUUAGAAUUAUGAAUUUUCGACCAUAAAGAUAAGGUCUGAAGUGAUGAACUGACCAUACUAUUGCUAGAAGUUCUUUCUCAGUGGUGGAGUAGUUCGUUUCUGCUUUAUUAAGAGUGCGAGAUGCGUAGGCAAUGGGUAAAUCGCGGCCUACGUCACCUUGAGACAAUACUGCACCAAUGGCAUAGUUUGAAGCGUCAGUUGUUAGAAUGAAGGGAUUUUUGAAAUUAGGAAAUUGAAGUAAAGGUUCAGACGUUAAAAUUUCUUUAAAUGAGUCGAAAGAUUUUUGACAUUCUGUUGACCAGUUAAAUGGUACAUCCUUUUUUAAUAGUGAUGUAAGUGGUUUACCAAUUUUUGAGAAGUCCUUAAUGAAUCUCCUAUAGUAUCCUAUCAAACCAAGAAAUUGUUUAAUCUGCUUUGGAUUUUUCGGAGGUGGAUAGGUAGAAAUCGCGUCGAUCUUUUCAGGAUUAGGUGAAACUCCUUUAUCACUAAUAACGUGUCCUAAAUAAACAACCUCGUGACGCAUGAACUCACAUUUAUCAGGCUGCAAUUGUAAAUUAUUCGCGCGAAGUCGAGAAAAUACAGAUUUAAGUUUAUUCGUGUGUUCUUGGAUAGAACUUGCGUAAAUAACGAUAUCGUCAAGGUAGACGAAACAUUGAAGACCCUGUAACCCUGAUAAGACGUUAUUCAUUAAACGCUGGAAAGUAGACGGGGAGUUUUUUAAGCCGAAAGGCAUCCUGGUAAAUUCAUAGUGGCCAGAAUGAGUGGAAAAGGCUGUUUUAGGUAUGUCAUCGGGUUUCAUCGGAAUUUGGUGGAAUCCACUGGCUAAAUCUAAUAUAGUGAAGUAUUUGGAGCAACCCAAUUGAUCUAAAAUAUCUUCGAUAAGAGGGAGAGGAAAUGAGUCACCCACUGUGACAUUAUUCAACUUGCGGUAGUCAACGACUACUCUCCAUUUCUUUUGAUCAGAUGCAUCUCGUUUUUUUGGAACUAUCCACAGAGGACUGCAAUAAGGAGAAACAGAGGGACGAAUGAUGCCUUGUUUAAGCAUUUUUUGGA